GACUACGCUCUCCCAACCCAUCAGUGUCCAGCACCAAGGAUGUUUGUGCGUGCCUGGCACGGGCACGACUGCUGUUAUAUCGCGGUCGCUGCCGUUGUCAACGUGUCGUCGUCGUUGUUAUUUCUCUCGUCGUCGUCGUCGUCGACGGCCCAUUGUCCUCGUUGAUGAAACGUCACUGACGGGCGAAAACGUAUCGAACGUUCCGUAACGCGCGGUGAUAACAUUUUAACAGACACGGUAUACUUUUUCUCAGCGAAAUGUCAAAUCAAAUAUGUCUAAAAUGGAACAGUUUUUUAAACAAUAUCGCGACGAGUUUCGAAAGCCUGUGGGAAGAGGAAGGUUUAGUGGACGUAACGUUGACAAGCGAUGGACAGUGUCUUACAGCCCACAAAGUGAUCCUUUCGGCGAGUAGUCCUUUCUUCAAGAAAGUUUUUCAGACAAAUCCUUGCCAACACCCAGUUAUAAUACUCCAAGAUGUGCAUUUUAGCGAAUUGGAAGCCUUACUCAUAUUUAUAUAUAAAGGAGAGGUGAAUAUUGAACAGAAAAAUCUGCCGGCACUUCUAAAAGCUGCAGAAACUUUGCAAAUUCGUGGCCUCUCUGGUGGAGAUAUAUUCGCUAAGGAGUCUUAUGAAAGAUUAGUGGAGCUGGAACAGGCAGUAGAAGAAGGCACCAUAUCUUCUAAGGAAGAGGCACCAAGGAAAAAGCAAAAAUUGAAUAAGCAUCAAAAUUCUAUAUUAGAAACAGCACUGACUCCUAAAGUAACACAAUUAGAUAGCACAGAUGAAUCUACUACUAGUGAACAAGGUGGUAAAGAAAGUGAUCAUUCAUUGCAAAAAGAUUUGCAGAAUCCAUUCUAUCAACGUUUAGAGAUGAAGAUGGAACCAUUAGAGACGAUACUGGAUGAAUCAGAAAAACAGUCUGCGACAGAGAAAGAUCCAGCACAAAGAUUGGACACAGGGCAGAUUGAUGCAAAUCAAGGGUCUGGGAAUAGCCCUGCUGAAGACAUUUCCGGUUUAUCUGGGUUAUCCGGCCUAACUGGAUUCUCGGAUGUGAAGCCGCUGCUAUACGCGUAUCAGCAACUGCCUUACGCCGAUCUUCUACCAAGCCCGGAGAUAAUCUCAACGUGGGCGUCUUCUCGACCGAUGGAUCAUUUGGCCUGUGACCUUAUGAAGAUUCUUUUUACCCCGGAAGAGAGGAUCCUCUGUAACGUGAACGGCAAGAUGGGAAAACAACAGUUCGAUAGUAACAAAAUACAUUUGAUAAGAGAAGUCCUGUUGCACUUUAGUGGUAUUGCACCGAAUAGCGUUGAAUGGGAGGAGACGUGGAAAAAUUGCGUAACCAAAAUCGAUACUAGUAAUAGGGGCUUGAAAAGGUAUCUGUUCCAGAGGCGAUCAAGUAGAUCAUCGAAGCCCAGCGUAACUGUAAUUGCUGCUGCACGAGAGAUCUCGACACCAUCGCCGGAACCGGAAGGUCACACGAAAUUGCCAAUUGACCACGAUCGGAGUGCUUGGAGUGCUCAUCGAUCCACUGUCAAGAUCGAUUCGCCGAAUCAUGUUUACUCGAUGUCCGAUCAUCAGGAGCCUGGGAACGUCCUUACCGAACCGGAUGCGAGUGUUCUCCGUCCUGUGUUCCCCACUUAUCCGGCUACCGCCGGCAAUUCCGAAUUGCCGGAGGAAAGCGCGAAGGGUGCCACGGUGUAUCCACCCUUCCCGUGUCCGUUCUGCGAUAGAGCGUACACGAGUUGGGGUUUCCGGCGAAGGCACAUCAAAGCCGUCCAUACGAUAUCUCCAUCCCUAAACUGCAAGUGGUGUUUCCAGGUUCUCCCUACGCAUGCGGCCUGGAGGCGUCACGUAAUAUUGACGCAUAAUCUAUCGGCGAGCGAUGCGCACAACGGUCUUUUGAUACUGGAGGAAGCUCACAUGGUUCUGCAAAUCGCGCGCCCCACCAGGUUGGAUACUUUAGUUAAUAUAAUUAAACAAAAUUCUCAACAGAAUAGUAAUCAAGAUAGUUCUCAAUCGGAAAAGAAUUAAAACAAAAACAACUGAAUUCUACUACGACGUACAUAUCUUAAGAAAAACAACCAAAUGAACGAGAUUUUCAUAUUUUUUUAAGUGCUUUCUUGCCUAUUCGGCUAUACUUGGUUUCUUGUUUAUUAGAUAUAUUUUCUAUAUAUAUAUAUAGAUGUAUUCUCGUUGUAUAUAGUUAUCGUUCUUAUAAUCGUUGUCAAUGGCCAGUAUCAUACUGCACAGUAAUGGUAGUAUUGUUGUAUUGAUGAAAUUUUUGUACAAAGAAAUAUAAUAUUUGACUCAUC